CAAGACGAGCGAGAGAAACACAAAGAUUUACCCAAAAAGAAAAACAAUUUAUAAAAUAAAAUUAAAGCCAGAGCUGUUAUUCUUUUUUUCUCAUUCGUUAUCGAUCUGCAGAGAAACAAAAAAAAAUUCUCAGCUUCUUCACCGUUAAUUCGCCGAUCUGUUCAUCUCACUCCGUUAGUUUUCCGGGUUAACGAAGCCCGCAUUGGACUAAUUGACGUUGAUUUUGUUGCUGUUAGGGUUUUGAUUCGGAGGAUAACAGAAGCGGACGGAGAAUCGAAGAGGUUUGUUUUCGCCAAGUAUGAGUAUUAAUAGCCCUGGAGAAGACGAGAAUUAGGGUUUCGGAGAGUUUCAGGGAGGAAUUUUCCAUGGGCGAUGGAGGUGUCGCUUGCAUGCCUUUGCAGCAGCAUAAUACUAUCAUGGAGAGGUUUCCAUCAAUUCAAGAAAAUACCGCCACUACUACUACUACGACUAGUACUACUAAUACUUCUAGUAUAACAUCAGCAGCAGGAGCAGCCACCGCAACACUUUGUGCUACAAGCACCGGAGGCAAAACCGCCACGAACACGAACAAGGACAGCAAGAGCAAUGGCAGCGUAGUUAAAAAUAGUAGCACGAAUGGAAGUGGCGCCACCAAUGGGGUCGCUACGAAGCCGAAGAAAGUUUUGAAGAAGAUAAUUAAGGUGAAAAAGGUUGUUACAGUGAAGAAAGUAGUGGCAGCAGACAAGAGUCAGUUGGGAGGUGAGAAGGCAGUUAAAGUUAUUAGUAAAGAUAACGUGGGAAAGGUAAUUGUCAAGGAGAAGGAAGCUGACAACAAACUGAAUUCUGGUGAUAACACGGUGCAGAGUAGUAAUAACAGUGUUGUUAAUAAUAAUAAUAAAGAUGACGUUGAAGAGGGUGAAUUGGGGACUUUGAAGUGGCCACCCAAAUCAGCAGAAGUUGAAAAUGGGGAGUUUAUUUCAUCGGAGAAGAGGGCAGUGGUCGCAGCGCCGACGAGGAGAAGCGAAAUUGAGAAGAGCGAGAUCAAGGGAGAGGGUAUUCUGGGUCCUGGUAGAUGGAGAAAAGGGGAUUUUGCCAGAGAUGAAGUUGAGAAAGGAGAGUUUAUUCCAGACAGAUGGAAUAAUAAAGACGACAAUUGUUAUAAUAAACCAUCCCGUGGCAAGUAUGAAAUGAGUACAGAACGUACCCCACCUUCAGGGAAAUAUUCUGCUGAUGACAUUUAUAGAAGGAAAGAAUUUAGUCGGAGUGGGAGUAGUCAGCACAGUAAAAGUUCUUCGAGGUGGGAAAAUGGCAUGGACAGGAAUUUAAGGAUCAGCUCAAAGAUUGUUGAUGAAGAGGGACCGUAUAAGAGUGAUUACAGCAAUGACAAGAAUUAUGGAAGAGAGUACGUUUCUGGUAACAGGUUGAAGCGGUAUGGUGCUGAGUCUGAUAUCAGUGAGCGGAAACAUUAUGGGGAUUAUGGGGAUUAUGGGUGCGCGAAAAGCAGAAGACUUUCUGAGGACGCUGCCCGCAAUGGUCAUCCAGAGCACUAUUCACGUCAUUCUGUUGAAAGAUUUUAUAGAAACCCUUCCUCUUCUACUACUGCUACAAGAAUAUCUUCAUUAGAGAAGUACACCUCCAGGCAUCAUGAACCUGCUUUGCCUUCCAAAGUAGUUUAUGAUAGGCAUGGGCGUAGUCCUGGGCAUUCUGAGCGGUCUCCGCGUGCUCUGUCACGUUACUAUGAUCACAGGGGACGGAGUCCUGCCCGUCGUGAGAGAUCCCCAUAUAGGCGGGAAAGAUCACCCUAUGUUCUUGAGAAAUCACCUUAUGGCCGAGAAAGAUCACCUUAUGGCCGAGAAAGAUCACCUUAUGGCCGGGACAGAUCACCAUAUGGCCGUGAGAGGUCACCCUAUGGCCGGGAGAGGUCGCCCUUUUGCCGAGAGAGGUCGCCAUAUGUACUUGAGAGGUCCCCAUAUGUACUUGAAAAGUCUCCAUAUGUACGUGAUAGAUCUCCAUAUGCUCGUGAUAAAUCCCCAUAUGACCGGAGCCGUCAUUAUGAUUAUAGAAGAAGUCCUGGUUGUUCAGAACGGUCCUCACAGGACAGGCAUUAUGAUCGCAGGGAUCGGACUCCAAACUUUUCCCCACUUGAUCGAGGGAGGCCCAACAGUCAUAGAGAACCGAUUCGAAAAGGAGGUGCAAGUGAGAAGCGGAAUUCACUGAUUGCUAGUAAAGGCAAGGAGGAAAAAUUCACCCAGAAAGACUCUAAUGAAGGCGAUUCUCAACUUUCAGCUAAGGAAUCCCAAGAGAUAAAUGGUAAGCCUAAUAUUAAAGGAUUGGAAGAAAACAAUGUCAGUUCUGAUUCUCACAAGGAAGAACAGUCUCAGAGUCCAAGGAUGAAUGACAAAGAAUCUCCUCAUAUUGACGGACCUCCUCCUGAAGAACUUCUAUCUAUGGAGGAAGACAUGGAUAUAUGUGAUACGCCACCUCAUGUCCCUGCAAUGGCUGAUUCUUCUACUGGAAAAUGGUUUUACCUUGACUAUUUUGGCCUGGAAUGUGGACCUGCAAAGAUAAGCGACCUUAAGGCACUGGUGGCUGGGGGAGUUCUUGUGGCUGAUCACUUGGUCAAGCACUUGGAUAGUGACAGAUGGCUAACCAUUGAAAAUGCUGUUUCACCAUCGGUGAAUUCCAAUUUUGUAUCUAUUGUCUCAGACACUGUAACUCAGCUGGCAAGUCCUCCAGAGGCACCUGGAAAUCUAUUGGCAGAUCUUGCAGAUAUGGGACCUCCUGGUUACCAGGGUAGCCAAGAAGCUUCAAUGACUUCGUGGCAGCCCCUGGCUUGCCUUAAUGACUGUACUGCUGCUGUUGAACCUUUAGAAAAUCUCCAUAUUGAUGAAAGGGUUGGAGUUCUGUUGGAGGGUUUCACUGUUGUUCCUGGCAGGGAACUAGAGACUAUUGGAGAAGUUCUGCAAACAACUUUUGAGCAUGUGCCAUGGGAGAGAUGCGGGCAAUCAGAAGAUAAAUGUGCAGACUUUAAUUGGAACCAAGCAUGUGUUGCAGAACAACAUUGUCAAAACAAUAAUGAAUUAUCUAGAUGUUCGGACAUGAAACCAAAAGAAGCUGUUGAAGUGACUUCAAGUACAACCUCUGACACGGAUCAAGGCAGUGUCUGUUUUGUGGAUUCUGCUGAUUGGUUUUCUGGCCAAUGGCCGUGCAAAGGUGGGGAUUGGAAGAGGACUGACGAGACCGUCCAGGAUAGAUUUUCUCAAAGGAAGCUUGUUCUAACUGAUGGCUAUCCAUUAUGUCAAAUGCCAAAAUCAGGGACUGAAGACCCUCGCUGGCAUAGAAAAGAUGAUUUAUAUCAUCCUUCUCAAAGUCGAAGGCUCGAAUUGCCGCCUUGGGCUUUCUCCUCCACAGAUGAAAAAAACGAAUGUGGGGGUUCCGGCAGAACUCUUGCUAAGCCAUCUAUAAGUAGAGGGGUGAAGGGCACUAUGCUUUCAGUUGUCAGAAUAAAUGCAUGUGUUGUGAAGGACCACGGCUCAUUUGUUUCAGAACCACGUACAAAAGUUCGAGGUAAGGAUAGGUACCCUUCAAGGUCCUCUCGGAUACUCUCUGCUGCUAAUGAUGUAAAGAGACUGAUGGCAGAAGGUGAUUCUCAAUCCAGAAAUGAUCAAGAUGCUCAGGGCUCUUGCAGGUCAAUUUCAUUCAUUAAUACUCCUAAAGACCGUAUCUGCACCGUGGAUGAUUUACAGCUACAUUUGGGUGAGUGGUACUAUCUUGAUGGUUCUGGGCAUGAACAAGGGCCUUCAUCUUUUGCUGAGCUUCAGGUCCUGGCAAGUCAAGGUGCUAUUAAGCAAUGGAGCAGUGUUUUUAGGAAACUUGAUAGAGUGUGGGUUCCAGUUAAUCCUCUCACAGAGUCUUCUGAAGUCCCUCUUAAAAUUCCACAGGAGCAAAUUACAGUUUCUGGUGAUUCUUCAACUUCUUCUAAAUUUCAGGGUGCUGCAAACAAUGAAAAUAAUGCAAAUUCCGUCGGGUUCCAUAGGCAGCACCCACAGUUCAUUGGUUAUACCUGUGGGAAGCUACAUGAAUUGGUAAUGAAAUCUUUCAAGAGCCGAGAGUUUGCUGCUGCCAUAAAUGAUGUAUUGGAUCCUUGGAUCACUGCAAAACAGCCUAAGAAGGAGGUUGAUGGCCAUGUAUACCGAAAAAAAGAAAUUGAUGGGCGUGCUGUCAAAAGAGCUCGGCUUCAGGUUGAUGGAAGUGAUGAAGACUAUAUUAUAGACGAAGACGUUCAUAGUUUUCAAAAGGAUGAAACUACUUUUGAAGAGUUGUGUGGCGAUUCUGUUUUUCAUGGAGAAAAAAGUGCAUGCUCAGACACUGAGUUGGGAAGCUGGGGUCUACUGGACGGUCAUAUGCUGGCACGAGUUUUUCACUAUAUGAGAUCUGACAUGAAAUCACUUGUCUUUGCUUCUUUGACUUGCAAGCACUGGAGAGCUGCUGCCACCUUUUACAAGGAUAUCACACAACAAGUUGAUUUCUCAAAAUUGGGUCCUAACUGCACCGACUUAUUGAUCUGGAAUAUUAUGAAUGGUUACAGCAAAGGAAGGAUAAAUUCAAUGGUGCUGGUUGGUUGCCGGAAUGUUACUCCAGCCUCACUUGAAGAUAUUCUUCGCUCAUUCCCUUGUUUAUCUUCUAUUGAUAUUAGAGGUUGCAGCCAGUUCAAGGAGUUGACCCUUAAAUUUCCUGAUGUGAGAUGGAUAAAAUCUCGUGGUUCACGAGGUUUAGGGAUCUUUGAGGAGUCAUCUUCUAAAAUAAAGAGCCUUAAUCAGAUUAGUGACAGAACUCCUAUGUCAUAUAAAUCUAAAGGUCUGAAUGGUGAUACUGAUGAUUUUAGUGACCUGAAAGAGUAUUUUGAUAGUGUGAAUAAGAGGGACUCCGCAAAUCAAUUAUUUCGACGGAGUUUGUAUAAACGUUCAAAAUUGUUUGAUGCUAGAAGGUCAUCAUCAAUUGUUUCUAGGGAUGCUCGUAUGAGGCGAUGGGCCAUUAAGAAAUCUGAAAAUGGCUACAAGAGGAUGGAGGGAUUUAUUGCUUGCGGCUUGAAGGACAUCAUGAAAGAGAAUACCUUUGAUUUUUUUGUGUCCAAGGUAGCAGAAAUUGAGGAUAAGAUGAAAAAAGGUUAUUACCUUGGGCAUGGUUUGAGGUCGGUAAAAGAGGAUAUCAGUCGCAUGUGCAGGGAUGCAAUAAAAGCAAAGAAUCGAGGUGCUGGAGACAUGAAUCGCAUUAUUUCAUUAUUUCUCAAACUCGCGUCACGUUUGGAAGACAGUCCUAAGUUUUCCUAUGAAAGAGAUGAAUUAAUGAAGUCAUGGAAAGAUGAUUUGACUGCAGAUGGUUAUGGUCCAAUUAAAUCUAAGAAGAAGUUACUCGCUGAAAAGAAACACUUUAACAGGAGUAAUGGAGCUACACUUGAUUAUGGAGAAUAUGCAUCUGAUAGGGAUAUCAGAAGGCGCUUAUCCAAAUUGAACAGAAAAACAUUGGAAUCUGGAAGUGAAACUUCUGAUGGAUUUGACAAGUCUUCUGAAGAUGGCCAGAGUGAUAGUGAUAGUACAGCUUCAGAUACAGAAAGCGACUUGGAUUUCCAAUCAGAAAGUCGAUUUAAGGACUCUAGAGGGAGUGGGUUCUUUAUGGAAGAUGAGGGUUUAGAUUCCAUGAUAGACGAGCGUGAAUGGGGUGCACGCAUGACGAAAGCAGGUCUGGUUCCUCCAGUCACUAGGAAAUAUGAAGUUAUAGAUCACUAUGUUAUUGUAGCGGAUGAGGAGGACGUGCAACGGAAGAUGUGUGUUUCUUUGCCAGAUGAUUACACUGAGAAACUUGAUGCUCAGAAAAAUGGUACUGAAGAUAUGGAGCUUCCUGAAGUUAAGGAGUAUAAGCCUAGGAAGCAACUUGGAGAUGAAGUUUUAGAACAAGAAGUUUAUGGAAUCGAUCCCUAUACUCAUAAUCUCUUACUGGAUUCAAUGCCUGAAGAAUUGGAUUGGAGUAUAUCGGAGAAAUAUUUGUUCAUUGAAGACAUGCUCCUUCCAACACUGAAUAAGCAAGUUAGGCGCUUUACUGGUACUAGUAACACUCCAAUGAAAUAUUCAUUGAAGCCUAUUCUAGAAGAAAUAGAAACAUUUGCUGAAGAGGAUUGUGAUAUACGGACAAUGAAGACUUGCCAGGCCAUCCUCAAGGCCAUAAAUAGUCGUCGUGAUGAUAACUAUGUUGCUUACAGGAAGGGUCUUGGCGUUGUUUGCAACAAAAAAGGUGGUUUUGCAGAAGAAGAUUUUGUUGUGGAGUUUUUAGGAGAGGUUUAUCCUGCUUGGAAAUGGUUUGAGAAGCAAGAUGGCAUUCGUUCUUUGCAGAAAGAUAGUAAAGAACCAGCUCCUGAAUUUUACAACAUUUAUUUAGAGAGGCCAAAGGGGGAUGCAGAUGGUUUUGAUCUGGUGGUGGUUGAUGCUAUGCACAAAGCAAACUAUGCAAGUCGAAUUUGUCACUCAUGCAGACCUAAUUGUGAAGCAAAAGUGACUGCUGUAGAUGGACAGUAUCAGAUUGGAAUCUACACUGUACGAGAAAUUCAAUACGGCGAGGAGAUUACAUUUGAUUACAAUUCUGUUACAGAGAGUAAGGAAGAAUACGAGGCUUCUGUAUGUUUGUGUGGAAGUCAAGUUUGUCGUGGAAGCUACUUAAAUUUGACAGGUGAAGGAGCUUUUCAGAAGGUACUGAAGGAGUGGCAUAGCAUGCUGGAUCGCCAUCAUCUAAUGCUUGAAGCUUGUGAAAUAAAUUCUGUAUCUGAAGAAGAUUAUCUUGACUUGGGGAGAGCUGGAUUAGGCAGUUGUUUGCUUGGUGGAUUGCCAGAUUGGGUGGUUGCAUACUCUGCUCGUCUGGUGCGCUUCAUUAAUUUGGAGAGAACAAAGCUUCCUGAGGAAAUUUUAAGACAUAAUUUGGAAGAAAAACGGAAAUACUUUUCAGAUAUUUGUCUUGAGGUUGAGAAAAGUGAUGCUGAGGUUCAGGCUGAAGGCGUCUACAACCAGAGGCUUCAGAAUUUGGCAGUAACUCUUGACAAGGUGAGAUACGUGAUGAGAUGCUUGUUCGGUGAUCCAAAAAAAGCCCCACCUCCAUUGGAGAGGCUGACUGCAGAAGAAACUGUUUCUUUCCUUUGGAAAGGGGAAGGGUCACUUGUUGACGAGCUUCUUCACUGCAUGGCCCCUCACGUUGAAGAGGAUGUGCUAAAUGAUCUCAGGUCCAAGAUAUGUGCUCGUGAUCCAUCUAAUUCAGAUAACAUUCAGAAAGAGCUUCACAAAUGUUUAUUGUGGUUGAGGGAUGAAGUCCGGAGCCUUCCAUGCACGUACAAAUGUCGACAUGAUGCUGCAGCUGAUUUGAUCCAUGUCUAUGCAUAUACAAGAUGCUUCUUUAGAGUUCAGGGAUACGAGUCAUUUACUUCUUCAGCAGUUCACAUCAGCCCGCUUGACUUGGGUCCUAAGUCAGCUGAAAAAUUGGGGGGAGGUACAUAUGAAUAUCGAAAGACGUAUGGUGAAAAUUAUUGUAUGGGGCAGUUGAUAUAUUGGCACAUCCAGACGUAUAUAGAACCAGAUUGUACGCUGGGUAAGGCAAGCAGGGGGUGUUUGUCAUUACCUGACAUUAGUUCUUUCUAUGCAAAAGCUCAGAAGCCAUCACAGCAACGGAUUUAUGGGCCCAAGACUGUGAAGCUUAUGAUGGAAAGAAUGGAAAAGUACCCUCAUAAGCCAUGGCCGAAGGACCAAAUAUGGUCAUUCAAGUGUAGUCCGAAAGUUAUAGGGAGCCCAAUGCUUGACGGGGUUUUAAGCAAGUCUCCUGUAGACAGGGAGAUGAUACAUUGGUUGAAACACAGACCGUCGGUAUACCAAGCGAUGUGGGAUAGGUGAUUUAAUUAGGAAUUCUACACUUUAGUUUUUGUUUUGGAAUGAUUUGUCAUAUUUAGUUAACAGCUGCCCCUUUUAGUGCGGGUGUGUUGAUUGAUUAUCAUUCCCAAACAUUCUUCCCUACUCUUCUUCUUCAUUCUUGUGUACAGUUCAAUUUUCUGUCAAUUCUAAAAUGUAAUUUGUAAUUCAUUAAAUGAUAAAUGAGCAUUUUUUUUCACCUCUAA